AUGGAGGCGCGCGGGGAGCUGCGGGUCGGGUUCGUGGGGGCCGGGCGCAUGGCCCAAGGGGUGGCGCAGGGCGUGGUGCGCGCAGGAAAAGUCAAAGCUGCUAACAUCUUGGCCAGUGCGCCGUCCGACAGGAACUUGGGCGCCUUCCAGGAUUUGGGCUGCAGGACGACGCACUGCAACAGCGAGGUGCUGCAGCGCUGUACCCUGGUCUUCCUAGCCACCAAGCCUCACCUGCUUCCUGGAGUCCUGCAGGAGAUUGCUCCUGCCGUUACCCAGGACCACAUUAUCGUAUCGGUGGCUGCUGGAGUCACUUUGCAGACCCUGCAACAGCUUCUCCCUGCUGGGACCAAGGUGCUGCGGGUCAUGCCCAACCUGCCCUGCGUGGUGCAGGAGGGGGCAGUGGUGGUUGCCCGGGGGAGCUGUGCUGGGGAGCAGGAGGCCGCCCUGCUGAGGAGCCUGCUGUCCGCCUGCGGGCUGUGUGAAGAAACGCCUGAGUCCUACAUCGAUAUCCACACAGGCCUGAGUGGCAGCGGGGUAGCCUACGUUUACUUGUUUGCUGAAGCCCUGGCAGACGGUGCUGUGAAGAUGGGCAUGCCCAGUGCCUUGGCCAAUAAAAUUGCAGCCCAGACACUGCUGGGAGCAGCAAAGAUGAUCCUGGAGACGGGGGAGCACCCGGCCAAGCUGCGCAGCAACGUUUGCACGCCUGGCGGCACCACCAUCCACGCCCUGCACGAGCUGGAGAAGGGGGCGCUGCGGGCCACCGUCAUGAACGCCGUGGAGGCUGCGACCAUGCGGGCUCGCGAGCUGGGCGAGAGAUAGGGGCCCAGCCGGGCGGGGUGUUCCGGGCCGCCUGGCCUGUCUGAGCCACAUGGAAUCUCCGUCCCGUGAUGGACGGAAGUUUCCCAGGUUGUCCAGCGGAUGUAGAUCCCAUUCUUCCCUCCCUAGGUGCCUCUCUUCCUGCCCGAGGGAUUCCCAGCUCCAGGUCACCAGUGAUAUCCUCUAGCCCCAGUCCUUCCCCACGGGACAUGGCUUCCCCACAUGUGAGGCAGGGUCCCCUUGUGUUCCUGGCAGUCCCCUGACCUGCCUUGGCCCAGCCCUGCCUCGGCUGUGGGGACUUCACACUCGUAGCCAUUCCAUACUUGUUGUGUGCUCUCUCCGGACGGUGGGUCCCUAAUAAAUAAUGACAACAGCAGGACGUGGGAGCUGCUGGCCCAG